AUGAAUGCACCAACGCUCUCAGCGAUGGGUUUUGAAUUUCCUGCUUCCGGUUCACGAACUUUCCAGGAUGCGGCAGCAUCAGCUGCAGUAGCUGCUGCUAUUCCAACAGAUGAUCAUUUGCAACGGCUUGCACAAAUGACACAAGGUGUUGGUCAUACCACUUCUUCAUCAACAACAAAAUCUUCCGGUUCCUCUGAUAGUAGCGACCCUAAUUCAACUACCACUCAACCGGAUCCAACCUUAUAUCAGAGUGCUGCUGCUGCAUAUGUACAGCAAUAUGGCAAUUGGCCUAAUUAUUAUCAACAAUUCGGGCAGCCAAUGAAUCCAGCUGCGGCUGCAUUUUCUGCCUGGCCGGCACAAUGCUAUGCACCUCCACAUUGGCCAAAUUAUGCGCAAUCGAAGAAGGGUCGUCAAACAUAUCAACGUUAUCAAACGUCGGUGCUCGAAAGCAAAUUCCAGCAAAGCAGUUAUGUGAGUAAAAAGCAACGUGAAGAGCUUCGGCUACAAACCAAUUUGAGCGAUCGUCAAAUCAAAAUAUGGUUCCAAAAUCGUCGAAUGAAAGCCAAGAAGGAGAAGAAUCGUUGCGAAGAGCAAAACGAUCAUUCUGCUUUGCUUCCAGCAAAUCCACCUAAGCAAUUGGUAGUUGAUAAUGCUGCUGCGGCUGCAGCCGCAGCAGCCGCAGCUGCAGUCGAAGAACGCGUAGAUAAAAAGGUAGCCGCUGGCGCAGGCUGGUGCAUGCCAGCGAUGCCAACGAUGUCCCAGCCAUGGCCUAAUCAGGUACCACCUCAUCCAGCAUCCUAUGUACCCUAUCCUAUUUGUCCGCCCAAUAUAUGA